CCUAUCUAAUGCACGCUCUCCUCCUACUCAGCGUAUGUUUAUUUGUGUGAUGUGAUCUUACCCAAUGCUUGAGUUCUUUUAUUAAGCAACUUCUAUUGUAGAAGUUACAUAACAGCAAUAGUUAUGUUUACAAAAGGCGAGAAAAUUCAGCUCCAAGACGUCAAUUCCUUUAGCAGAAGUUAUCUGACGGCAUCAUUACGGUGACAAAAGGUGGGAAGAUUCAGCCUGGGGACAGAAAAUUCACCUCGGACGGUCCCUGACCUUCGGCCUGCAGUCGCGGCGAGGCCGCGAUGGUUCUACUGCGCACGCGCGGCCGCCAUACCGCUCCCCUUUCCCCCAGCUUCCCGCGCGGGGCGCUGCGCGUGCGCAAUAGCUGUCCCGACCCCCCCCCCCCACCACCCCCCCCCACACUUCCCCCUCUCCCCUUCCAGCCCCGCCGUGAGGGAGCGGCAAGAUGGCGCUGGGCUACCGCCAAGGCUGCCGCUGGUGCGGCCGCGCCGCCCUGGGACAGCCGAGGCGGUGGCGAGUCCAGGAGCCGCCCGGGUGCUCGGCGAGGCCGUACUCGGAGGGCGGCGGUGCUUCCGAGGCGGAGCUGCUGGAGAUGUGCUGGCGGCGGCUCUUCCUGCGGGGCGGCGCGGGGCCGCUGCCCUGGAGCGCCUACCUGAGCGGCCGCCACCCCGGCUUCGGGCCGCUGGGCGCGGCGCUGCGCGCCAACCUGGCGGCACAGUGGUGGGACUCGGCGCUGCCCGUGCGGGAGCAGGUGUUCCCCGUGGAUGCUCCGCUCCACGGCCCCCCCGGCGCUCUGCGGGACGCGCAGGGUCUGCGGCUGCUGCACCCGGAGACUCUGCGCGAAGCCCUCCAGGGCUGUGGGCAGAGCCCUGGCGGCCCAGCCCUGGAAGAAGUACUGGGGGCCGCGGGGCUGCUACGUGAGAGCCUCUUGCCCGGUGUUCUGGCGCAAUAUGUCAGCUGCUUAGAGCUGGUGAACAAAAGACUGCCCUGUGGCCUUGCUCAAAUUGGAGUGUGCUUUCAUUCUGUUCCAGAAAGUGAACAUUCUGUUUCAGGAAAUGAACGGCACAACAAAAACCUUACAAGAAUAGGCGAGAGGACCACGUCUCUGCUUGCCUGGUUUAGUUCUCCCAGAACUGCAGGACAGUGGCUCGAUUACUGGCUACGCCAGAGGCUCCAGUGGUGGAGAAAGUUUGCUGUAGGCCCAUCUAACUUCAGCAGCAGUGACUUUCAGGAUGAAGAAGGCAGAAGAGGAUUUAAGUUACAUUAUAGCUUUCCCUGGGGGACAGAAACAAUAGAAACACUCAAGAACCUUGGUGAUACUGAACUGUUACAGCUGUAUCCAGGAGAGAGAUCCAAAUUACUUGGCCGAGAUGGAAGGAAGAAUGUCAUCCCUCAUGUUCUGUCUGUGAAUGGGAAUCUGGACCGAGGAGUGUUAGCUUAUCUCUUUGAUUCUCUACAAGUAGUUGAGAAUCCAUUAACAGCAAAGAAAAAUUCUCAGAGAAAGGUACUUAAGCUUCAUCCUUGCUUAGCACCCCUUAAAGUGGCCUUGGAUGUAGGAAAAGGUCCCACAACAGAGCUGAGGCAGGUUUGUCAAGGAUUGUUCAAUGAACUGACAGAAAAUGGAAUUUCUGUAUGGCCGGGUUAUCUGGAAACUCUGCACGUGUCUCUGGAACAUCUUUAUACAAAGUAUGAUGAGAUGAGUAUUCCCUUCAUGGUCUUGAUAAGUGAUGGCACUCUAGAGAAUGGAGUGGUCCAGCUGAGAAGCAGAGAUACCACCAUGAAGGAAAUGAUGCACAUUUCCAGGCUGAAGGACUUUCUAACUAAGCUGAGACCUGGCACAAGCAGCAGCACAGCACUGAGCUGACCCAGCAGGGCAGUGAGAGCUCUACCUACUGCAUGAACAGGAAGGCAGGUUUGUUUGGAGACAGUUACUCCAUUUGGAUAUUUAGAAAUUGGAAA